AUUCUGGCCGGAGACAAUGCUCUUAUCAUCUUCCCGACCGGCGCAGGCAAAUCGCUGCGCUAUCAGGUACGAAUCCAUGCUGGCAUAACGCUUGUUGUGUCACCAUUGAUUGUUUUGAUGAAGGAUCAGGUCGACGCUUUAAAAGAAACGCGGAAUCCCAGCCCGAUCCAUCGACUCGAGCAAAUAAUGGGACGAUAUCCAGCGCAUUUAUGCAAGCCUACGCGAGUUGAAGCUGCGGAUUCUCUACUGCGCCCCCGAACGUUAAACAACGAGGGAUUCGUGGCAACCAUCGGGGGACGUUCCCGGAGGGAUUUGCUUGCUGGCCAUGGAUGA